AUGGCGCUUUCAGGCAUCAAGCGCAAGUGGGACUGGGCCGAUUCGCUGCGCCAAGCCGCGUCAAUCAAAGCAGCACCUGACGACUGGCCGUCACCGCCUUUCCAUCAGCCGCCGCCCGCGCCGCUGCUGCCAACACAGACCCAUAUUCCGCCCACCGUCUCGCCGAUUCUUAAGAGACCAAGAUCGGCUUCUGACCGAGACUGCCACUUCCCUCACCCGCAUCCCGUUUCCUCAUCCGCCGCCGUUCUUGCUAAUGGGAUUCAUGGCGCGCCGCGAACUUCCGUAAAGAACUCCGGACCGCGUGGCCACCUGGACGUGGAGAUUAAUGCCUCGCAUGGCGCAGCAACCGCGCCGGCCGUUGCUCCUGGGGACGAGCCUAGCCGCAAAGGAGCCGCGGCGGCGGCGAACAGGACAGCCGUCGCUGGUGAUACGAAUAUGGAUGGUGGAGUGGCGCUGAAAGAAGGGACGGAAUCGGGGACGACACGAGGCGGCAGACUCGAAGAGGGUACGGCAACGGCCGGGAAAAGCAGGAUGGGCGCUGCGACACUGGUGAUGCAAAUGGUGCUCGCUCAACUGAGCGCGAACCAGCAACGACAUCAAGCGACGCUAGCGACGAAAGCUGCGACGGCAGCGACGGUGACGGCGAAGGUGACGACGGCGACGACCCAUAGUGGUGUGGGUGGAAAUCGCGAAGAUUCUGCGAAAUGGUGCUGCGUCACACCGCCAUCGCAAAAUCCAGCCGCCGUUGCGGCCACCGCCGGCAAUGCAAGUGGCAGCGCCAACGCGCAACCGCCGCGGGCGAAUGCGACCGGUAAAGCCAACCAUAGAAGCAACUCCACGGCAGCUGUCGGGGGAGCUGCAGGCGACGGCGACUCGGUUCCGGUGCUGCUACUACCGCCGCCCGUCGCACUCCCUCCCCCUGCGCCUCAGGCGGAGGCCGUGGCGCAGAGUCGAGCGGCUCCCCUCGCUGCGCCAGACUCCCGCGGCCCUGCUGUGAAUGUCGCACGCCGCUCGGGCCUUCGAAUGAAUGCUCGGUUCCCGCCCAGUCACACCGCUUCAAAAAGCUCUCCACCGCCUGCCUCCGCCAACGCCGUCUUUCCUCGUAAUGCGGCUAGUACCAGUACCACCGUUACAGCUGCACUUCCGUCCGCUCUCCCAACACGUCCCGCUCCCGAGUCCUCGACUCGCCAGUGUAAUGCAACAACGGCACCCGUCAAGAAUCUCGAACCACGCCCCACCGCUCCCGCUAACGGCUCGCCCAAUAACCGCGUGGGUGAUGGUGCCAGCGGCAAUGCUGCUACUAGAGCCGUCGGGGGUGCUGGCCCGGGAAGGAGCAUGGUGUCCGUUCCCGUGUCGCUGCUGAGCCGGGUCCAAGUGCUGACUGCGCUGCUGCGCGCGCGGGGACUAGAAGAGAAGAACGCCGUAGCGCUCGCUAUUCUUGUUGCUAGCAGCGGUGCUGGCGGUGCUGGUGGUGCUGGCGGUGCUGGUGGUCCUGGUGUUGGUCAUUUCGCUGGUGCUGCUGUUGGCGCCGCGACUGCUGCUGCUGCUUCGUCUUCCAAUCAGUGGGCGUGCCUUCCGCCUCUGGCGCCUCGACGGAUUUCAACGCAGCGAGACGCGUCGCCGCCACUUGUUCAACGCAAGCUAGCGCAGCAGCGAAUGCAUCAUCAAGGCGGGCUGCAGCAGCACCAGCAGAGGCAGCAGCAUCAGCAGCAGCAGCAGCAGCAGCAGCGAGAGCAGCAGCAGCAGCAGCAGCAGCAGCAGCAGCAGCAGCAGCAGCAGCAGCAGCAGCAGCAGCAGCAGCAGCAGCAGCAGCAGCAACAGCAACAGCCGCGGUGGCACCGGAGGCAGCAGCAGAGGCAAAAGCAAGCGGCCGGCAAGACCCAGUCGGAAGGAGAAGCUAAACCUGCUGGUGAUACUGCUGGCAAGGCCGCUGUUGCUACCACUGCAACCGCUUCUACUGUCGCCACUGCGGCUGCUGCUGGGUUUGAUUCGGUUGCGUCCACGGCCAUCCCUCCUACAUCUGCCAGCAUUCAGGGUGCUGCAGCACCCGUUGCUGCCCCGGCAGCCAGCUCACCUCUCCUCCUGCUGGCUAAUGCACUCCCACAACCAGAGCUUGAGGUACACCACUUGAAGUCGCAUCAUCACCGCAUCGAAUCCCACUUCAAAGCACAUCAGCGCGACGUUUGCCAUGGAGUGGGUGCACCGCAGGAGCAGGCGCAGCAAGAGGUGAAGCGGAAGCGCAGUGGAGGCACCGGAGGAAGAGACGAGGAGAGUGUGAGGGAGGAGGGCAAUGAGGGAGGGUCGAUCAAGCGGCGGCGAGAAGGGGACCAGGGUAUGCGGAUGGAAAUGGGGAUGGGGAUGGAAGUGGUGGAGGAGCAGAGUGGGAGCAGCAGUGCCCUGUCAUCUCUGGCUCUGGUGGUGGGAGCGAUGAGCAGUGCGAGUGGAAAGGGGGAGUGA